GUGGAAGGGUUAACCCAUGAAUAACAUUGCUAGGGUCUGGGGGGUGGAAGGGUUAACCCAUGAAUAACAUUGCUGGGGUCUGGGGGUGGAAGGGUUAACCCAUGAAUAGCAUUGCUGGGGGUGGAAGGGUUAACCCAUGAAUAACAUUGCUGGGGUCUGGUGGUGGAAGGGUUCCUGUCCGUUCAGUCGGUUUAACACAUUAAUAACCAUGCUGAAAGUAGGAGGAUGGAUACCAGGUCAUUGAUUGUCCUUUGUCAUUAAGGUUGCUUCUUCACUGGAUCCAUCAGAGGCCGGGGCUGUUCCAAUGUUAUCAGACGACUUACAGGCAAAACCAGAGGUAAGUGUCACAUCUUGGUUUGAGGUUUAUUCUACAAAUAAUUUUUUAUUUUGCCUGAUCAUAGUUUGUCCUGUAUCUUUCUCGUAAUAUAAAACAUGGAUUCCAUUUCGUUUUGAUUUUCAUUUCCUAGCUUUGAAGUUAUUGCCUGUUAAGCUGGGGGAUUGCUCCUCGUUAUUAACCUCAUUUGCUUUACAUACUAACUAACAUCCCCCUUACUAAAACAAUCACACCCGCAGCCUUAUUCUUUAAAGUAACAAUUCAAAUUCAAGGUUAUAAUAGCUGGAAUGGAAAAAUCCUCGAACUCAGAGAUGCUGUCAGUUUAAAACUACUUUAGCCUUAAAUUAGAAAUUCCCCCUUUAGUUAACAAGGUGCGAUGACGAGGACGGAGACACCAGUCUCUUUUUUUAGAUUAAGAAUAAAGCCACAACAUACUAUUUUCUUUUAAAAAUCUCUUUCCUACUUGAAUAUCCAGUGAGACUCCAGGAAAGUAAAAUCAAGCUUUAUUAAAAUACCAGAAGUAAGAUUAGCAUGUGUUAUUUUGCAGCUGCUGGUUGAAUUUGUACAAAAUGCGUCAAUUCCACUUGGAGAAGAACUUGUGGAAAAUGAUCCCAAAGAUUUGCCAUGUCUGUCUCCCCUCCCUGAAACCGAUACGUCCCCGGGUGCUUCUCUGCUAUUAUCAGGUAGAACUAUACAAAUACAGUAAGUAAUAUGGCAGCAGUGUUUCUAUUCUGGACUGGUUUUUAUUUCAGUUUUUAAGUGGUGGGGGGCGGGGGUUGUUUUUUCUUUGGAGAGUAGACUGCAGAGGAGAGGUGAAUUAUUUAAAGUUGGGAAUAUUUUAGCAUGUACCUGCAAAAUGUAAAUCUCUUUUAGUUUGGAAAAACAUUAUACAAAUAUAUUCAGGGCCAGUACAAACCAUUAUCUGGAAAUCUAGUCACAAACAGGGCUAGAUAUAUAGGACACGAGGUCACAUAUUUAGGCUGGAAGAAAAGAGAUUUCAUCUAAGGCAAAGGAAAUGUUUAGUUUUUUUACAGUAAGAGCAAUAAGGAUGUCGAAUUCUCUGCCUGAAGUGGUGGUUUAUCAGAGUCCAUACAGAUGUUUAAAGGACCACUAUAGUGCCAGGAAAACAUACUCGUUUUCCUGGCACUAUAGUGCCCUGAGGGUGCCCCCACCCUCCGGGACCCCCUCCCGUCGGGCUCUGGGAAGAGGAAGGGGUUAAAAUCUUACCUUUCUCCAGCGCCGGGCAGGGAGCUCUCCUCCUCCAUAGCGACGUCAUCGGCUGAAUACGCAUGCACGGCAGGAGCCGCGAGCGCAUUCAGCCAGUUCAUAGGAAAGCAUUUACAAUGCUUUCCUAUGGACGCUGGCAUCUUCUAACUGUGAUUUUCACAGUGAGAAGCACGCAAGCGCCUCUAGCGGCUGUCAAGAGACAGCCACUAGAGCCUGGAUUAACCAUUUUAUAAACAUAGCAGUUUCUCUGAAACUGCCAUGUUCAUACAAAAAAAGUGUUAAUCCUAGAUGGACCUGGCACCCAGACCACUUCAUUAAGCUGAAGUGGUCUGGGUGCCUAUCGUGGUCCUUUAAACUGAAAUUGGAUAAAUACUUAAUACUUAUACAUAACAUACAGGGAUAUAAUUUCUAAUUAGUGGGGUUAUAGCUGCUUGAUCCAAGGAGACAUCUGACUGCUAUUUUGGGGAUAAGAAUGAAUUUUUUUCCUAGUUUGUUGCAAAAUUGAAAGUGCUACAGACUAGGUUUUUGGCCUUCUUUUAGAUGAACCUUAUGUGAGGAAGGCUGAACUUGAUGGACGCAAGUCUCUUUUCAGCUAUGUAACUGUAACUAUGCAUGAUAAAUAUAAAUUGGGAUUUCCGUAACUCCUGUUUGGGAUAACAUGACUGCUAGUUAUUGUGAUUUUUUAAAGAGGAAACUUGGGUAAAGUCACCCUUCAUUUUGAAACCUUGUAAAGAGAACAAUAACUGUAGAAAGAGGUGGCCAUUUAUCUGAACAGAGUAUAAUUUAUACAGUGUCCUGAUCUCACCCAUCCACAGUUGCUAGAGUCUAGUGAAUGAUUCUGGUUUGGCUGCGUUUCCAGUUCCCAUAGACUCCAAUGGGUUCUCCCCAUCUUAGAUAGAGGUUCAUAAGAAACUAAUAUUUCUUACAUGGUGCACAAAUAAAUAUCCAGAACAUUUUUCAAUAUUACAGUUUCCGUAAGUGGGGGCAAGACAUGCUAUUCAAACAAAACCAGCAUUUCUGGUGUUCUGUGUCCGACUUUCAAGUCUGUGAUGAAUUCAAUAAGUAUAAGGUCUGUUUGUAAAGCACGGGCAUUUAAACCCUGUGAAAAACGAGGGUUAAUCUGUGUGUUUCAGGAUGGGCUUGAUGGGUAUUAAUGACUCUUGAAUCCUUUUCUAUUUUUUUUCUGAUCUAUUUUUCCUGUUUGUCUUGGUUUGUAUUAAACGAUUCAAGAUUUCAUUGCAUGUAGGGUAAUAAGCAGAGUAGAUUUUUAUUAUUAUUCCAUGCUUCUGGUGGGGUGGAUGGUUGCUAUAAGAUGAUGCCAAUCCCAUACUGUUGCAGAUACCCCGGUGGUUCAAGAGAUGCCAGCAAAGAGUCCAGGUUCCGUUAUGUUAAACAGCCUUCAGGUGGACAUUGACCAAACUGCAGACACCCGGGUGGAGAAACACCGUGCCCUUCUUUCACCCACUGCGCCCUCAACGCUACUUCAAGAUCUACCCGCUAGUGAUAACUCCUCUUUUAUUCUCCUAAACCUGGCCAGAGCAGGUAACUGGUAUCUGUCUUACCAACUUUUUGAUAGAAUCACUUAUUCUUUUCUGCUAUUUAGAGUUUUACUUCUGCUGUUUUAUGUUUGUUUUUUCCUAAUGACCUUUUCUAACAUUUAUUUUCACUUCUAGGGUUAGGAUCUCCGUCAGAGCACUUGGUUUUUGUUCAUGAUGACGCUGAGGAUUCUGGGAAUGAUUUCCUUUCCAAUGACUGCACUGACAGUAACACGCCAUGGUUCCUUCGUGUUCAAGAGUUGGCACAUGAUAGUUUAAUUGCUGCUACUCGGGCACAGUUGGCAAAGAAUGCGAAGACUAACUGCAAUGGUAAGCAAUCUAAUCAUCAGCAGGCAGAUUAAUGCUCUGACUGACAUAACAUGCUUGUUCUAAAUAGAUUAAUGGAGUACCGAGGCUUAUGCAUAUGUGUGAUUUAAUUUCUAUGUUUGAUGAAUUUCAGGGGAGAUCACUCUGAGCAUGUCCCCUGAUGCAGAUCUAAGAUCAUCCCUCACAGACCCACAUUUAACUCACUCUGAGAAGCGACUGCACUGUUCCUUUAAUGGCUGUGACCGAUCCUUCGUAUGGGCAACACACCUGAAAUAUCACCUUAAAACACAUAGGUAUUACUAUUUAUGAAAACAAGUCAUUUCAAAUGGACAUUGCGUUUGAAAAUAGACAUUACUGUUGCUUAUCUUAAAAUGACUUGAGUCCUAAAUGGCAGAGAAUUGAGCAGUGAGACUGCUGGGGUAUGAUUUAUACACCAAAACCAUGUCAUUAAACUGUUAAAUUUGUUAAAAUUAAGAUUCUUUUGGUGACUAUACGGCCCCUUAAGGUUAUUCCCUUUUAAUAGAAGCCAGUUAUUUGUUUUUGUUGCAGGAACGAUCGUUCGUUCUCUUGUCCGGCUGAAGGCUGUGGAAAAAGCUUCUAUGUUCUCCAAAGGCUAAAAGUUCACAUGCGCACCCACAAUGGCGAGCGUCCUUUCCUGUGUCCUCAACAUGGCUGUGGGAAGCGAUUCACCACUGCUGGCAACCUGAAAAACCACACCAGGAUCCACACAGGUAUCUCCCACCUCCGGAUUGGCCUCUGCUGCAGCUGGCAUUAAGGGUAUUACUUCCUAUCCGGGUUAUCCAGCAAAGGGAGAAAUUCUAGGAAUGUAAAGUGAAUAUUAUAUUUGAGGCCAAAAUAUCUGAGCUAGAAGCAAUUCUUCCAAUUUCACUAUUUUGGCCUGUGACGGUAGUAAUCUGUAUCACUGUCCAGUAUUCCCUUUUUCCCAAUAGCAGAAUAAUCACAAUAAUCCACAGGGUAAAAUAACGCUGGUAUCACCAAAUAAUCCACACAUGAGCCAAAGCUGAUUUACUGGAAGCAACAGGCAUUCAAUUUAUACAGUACAAGCUCCUCCUCUGGGCCAGGCUAGAUAAUUGAGUUUCAGCAACAUACUAAACUCCAUUAUCUGCUGGCCAGAAACAUUAACAAUUUUCCACAUUUUCAAAAAUAUACUUUCUACAUGUCACAGAAAUAUAACAAUCACAUCCCUGGGUAGCUGAUGAUACUAGAAGUAACAUAUCCAAAUUGCACGAAAAUCCUUUCUGUAGUUUUCGUGUCGCAUCGUGUGGAAGUUUGACCAGCUCGCCAUGUGGUUGUUUUCAAGUUAGAGUUCUAUGAAGUUGGUAGCAAGAGCCGGUCUCCGUUCGUGCGUAAUUACACGAAAGCUUCCACAGUUAUACAGCAUCUGGUUCCAUAUGAAUGCUCCCCUCAUUCGGUUGAUUGAAACUCCCAAACGCCAGUUUGAUACUGUAAGUGGAAAUCGGUCAGACGGGACUUCCAUAGAGACCGGGUGUUCGUGUGUUUGUCAUGCCGAAAAUGGUUCCAGGCAAUCCAUGAGUAAGUCCCACUGACCGCAUUCGGGAGAUCUAAGAUGGCCGCCAUCCUUUGUUCUCGCCACGUGUUCAUAUACCGAAUGGCGGCCACCUGAAAGCACUCAAUUACCUUGCGGUUUUCGAGGUUACUUGGUGUUCUAAGUUCUGAUUGCUACCCAGGGUGGUCUCCAUUCGGUCGAACGAAUAAAUGUCCCGAACACCGGAAUAACAACGAAUACUUUACAGUCACUUAACUAGCAGGGAGAGGAAUUAACCGAAUGGGUACAGGUAAACAUAAGGAAAUCCUUUACAUGGCCGUACAUUUGAAACAUUCUCACUUUAAAGAAUAACUCUGUAUGUGAAGGGUGAAUUCAGCAACUUACAAUAAAUUGUAACCAAAUUGCAAAAAUAGCUCAUUUGGAAAGAUUGUCCUGACUCUGUUAUAGCCACAGCUUGGCCUCUCUGUUUUCAGUCCAUUAUAAUUGUUUUUAAGUGAAUGAACCAGAUCAUGUUCCUUGGUACAGUUGCUGUUUGUCCCUCCGCAGGGGAGAAACCUUACCUUUGUGAGGCUGACGGCUGUGGACGUUCUUUUGCUGAAUAUUCAAGUCUUCGAAAACACAUGGUGGUCCAUUCAGGUAUUUCAUCUUCUAAGGCAUGAUCCCAGUGUUGGUGUCUGUGUUAACACAGAUGUUGCUGACCAAGUGCUUUCAUAUUGUGAAUAUAGGAAUAAAGUCCCAUCAAUGUUCGGUUUGUGGGAAGACCUUCUCUCAGAGUGGAAGCAGAAAUGCACACGUUAGAAAACAUCAUCCCCAAAGCUCUGCAGGUAAGUGAAUCCAAUACACAGUGUUAUUUACUAUAGUGUGAACUAUCAGCAAUCUUAAUGAAUUUCGAAUUCUAGGCCAAAAUGAAAAUCUACAUGAAUUGGAGAUUUUUUUUUUUGCGCUCAGUCUUUGUGGCUUAAACUCUGACAUUUUCUUUGAAUUCCCAAUAAACGAUAACGGUUAGCCUGAAAAUCAAUGUGGUAAUAGUAGUAACUUCAUGUCAUUCACAUAAUUUACUGAUAAAAUUACCAAAACAAACCUGAAAACGUUGUUGCCAUUGUGCGGUCCAUGUUUCAACUGAACAAUUAUCCAGGCACUGUUUACACAGAAAGGAUCUCCGUUACGGCCAGGUCAAGCUGGGCUCUGGAUUUAGUUCCUGUUGUUGUUUUUGGACAAAGGGAGUUUAGCAUUGGGGACAUAACUCUGUAAUAUUCCAGCCUAUCUUUGUAACUGUCCCCAGAAAGUUUCAAUGUAACAUUGUGAUAUUAUCACUUACAACUAAUAAUUACAAAUUAAUAUUUGAUGUCUUACAGAUGAAAAUAGUUCAGCUGAUCUUGGCCAAGACCCUCUACAGCACACACCUCUGAUUUCUGGUGCUACUCGAACUCGCACAUAUGAAGAAGAUGUGUCUAUAUUGUUGAAUUAGUGAUUGGGUGUCUGCACUUGGCUGGACAAUGUUGAUAAAAGCAAUUUUAGGAGCACAGAGGCAGACAUAUUCAGAAUCAAAACAAAUGAGGUUUAAGUGAAUAUGUGAAAAGAACAUGUUGUAUGGCUUGUUUGGGUGAGCUCAUGCACGGUGAUAUCUAUUACUGCAAAACUUCACACACUGCUCCUUGGGGGCGGGCCAGGGGCUGUGCUCUCUGCUCCUUUGGGGUGGCCAGGGGCUGUCCAUUCUACUUAUGUGGGCAGGCCAGAACCUGUGAGGUGCCCUCUGUACCUUGGAGGCAGACCAGAGGCUGGGCUGUGCGCCCUGCUCUGUGGGGGCGGGCCAGAGGCUGUGCGCCCUGCUCUGUGGGGGCGGGCCAGAGGCUGUGCGCCCUGCUCUGUGGGGGCGGGCCAGAGGCUGUGCGCCCUGCUCCAGGGGAGCAAUGGGCUUUGAGUCCUCCUUUACUUGUUUUCUGUAUAUGUUAUCAUUCAGAAGGAUUGCCUUGAUUACUAUUAAGUUCUUUAGUCAAAUGGUGCAUCAGAGUAAGGAAUGAUUUCACCUAUACUUCAACUGUUAACACAUCUUUGUAUUCCUUUUAGGAAAAAGUACAGAUUAACAGAGGUAAACUGCUUAUAUGACAAAAUAGAAGUGAAGUUUAAUGUAAAACUUUUUUUCAUUAGCCAACUAAAGCAGAGCUGCUGCCUCCUCCUCACGAGGAGAGCCACUUAUUGUCAUAUCCCUUGUCUGAUCUAUUUGUGGAAAUAAGUCAGUCAUGAACUUUGCACUUUUAUUCAUCUAAUUAGCUUUUUAUUCUCAGUUGAUUUCUAUUUGUCAUAUAAGCAGUUAAACAGAAAAAUAUUUAUGUUCCAUUUAAAUAGGUAUUUGAAAAGGAUAUGACUGUAGGUUGUUUGCACAGCUGCACAAAUAAACAAUUUUCACAGCAAAUCCUUUUUGUGUGUAUGUUAAGACUUGCAAAUUUAUUGGAGUAUCUGUGCCAAUUAAUGGGGAAUUUUAUGGCAAGACAGGAGGCGAAUAUUUGCUUAUCUUUCUUUACUGUAACUCCCAGCAGCAAAGAAACAGU